CAAGACCCCUCAGGGCAGAGGGUUCCCCUCGUCUCCUUUCAGUCUGGAUUCCUCCCGCAACCUCAACUUCGUUCGCAUGUCGCGACCUUACCACCAGGCACAAUGACUCGAGCUUACUCCGAUGCUAAGCUGUCUCCCUUGUGGGAGAAAGCCUUGGAGAAUUAUCGCGAAGAGCUCGCUGCAGACGAUGACUUUCGAUCGAUACUGGAAACGGGGAGCCUGGACGAGUUGCUCAACGACCCGAAGAUACUACAACCAUUUGGGCCGCGAGGGAGGAAGUCCCUGGACUCUAUGUACCGCUUGAAACCGACUUUCAAACUGGUCAACGACUUCUCAGCGGUGCUCGCCGUCUCCUUUGGUGCGGGGACGGUUGCUACAGCUCUUGUCUGGGGAAGUAUCCGGAUGAUUUUGACUCUGGCUUCUUCUGCGGGGAGCCUUAUCCAGGAGGUCUCAGAUAUGUUGGAGGAACUGAGCUUGACAUUACCGCGUCUGAAAUCCUACGAGAAGGCGGUGCCUAUGGACAAGGAUCUAGAAGCAUCGCUACUCUCUGUUUACACUGAGGUUAUUUGCUUCUACGCCCGCGCCAUCCACUUUUUCCGCAGCCACAAGCAUUCGAUCCUACUACGUAACUCAUGGUCGGAGCUCACGACGAUCGAGAGCGAGGUUGAGCUCACCAGGAUGCGACAGGAUAACCUGAAAUACCACGAGAUUCUUGACUUGAUGACGAACUUCCAUACACAGCGGCCCGAAACAGCGACGAAAGGCCGCCAUCAUAUCCCAUUUUCGGAAAGUCCACGUUUCUGGGGCCGGGAGGAUGUUCUUUCACGGAUAGAUGGCGCACUUACAGGGAAUGCGUCGAACUUAUCGCUGCGAUCGUUUGCCUUGUACGGAAUGGGAGGUGUGGGUAAGACCCAAAUCGCACUCAAAUACGCCAAUGCCUCCCGCCACAAAUUCGACUCGAUCUUUUGGAUUUCCUCAGAUAAUCCGAUCACAAUUGGCCAGAGUUUCCGCGAAAUUGCUAAGUCUCUGGGUCUUAUUGAGCCAGGAGUGGAGAGCGAUGACAAUGCUGUGACAUUGGAGGUGAAGUCUUGGUUAUCAUCAACCAAUAGCCGUUGGCUUCUGGUGUUAGAUAAUGCGGACGACUUGAGUGUGCUGAAGCAGGUGUGGCCCAGUAGUGCGGCUGGAGCCAUCUUAUUGACAAGCCGUGAUCCCGCAGCAGUGUUUAGCCUGGCAUCGGAUGGCAUCCAAGUCGCGCCAUUCGACACCACAACCGGCUCUGCAGCACUAUUGAAUAUUCUCGGACUUGAUCCAGAUACACAGUCCAACCAAGAAAAAGCAGCUGCUAUUACUUCAGCCUUGGGAGGGCUGCCUUUGGCGCUCAACCAAAUCGGCGGGUUUAUUGCUCAGCGAAAGAUCCCUUUGCACGACUUUCUGCCUCUAUACAACAGAAACUCGGAAAGCGUAGAUUCAAGGAGCACAGUGAACAUGAACUACAACCAUACACUAGCAACAGUCUGGGAAAUGUCCCUAAGUCGGCUAUCAGGAGAUGCUAAAACCCUCCUGAUGUUUCUCUCCUUUUUGGACCCUGACUAUAUCAACGAAUCGCUGCUCAAAGAAGGGCCUGCCCAAGCGGAAGAUUCAAGCCUCCGUUUUGCAAAGGAUGAGAUUGACUUUUUGGAUGCCGAGGAGGCUUUACUCCAAGGAGCUCUGAUCGACAAGUCCAGUGAAACGGUAAUCCGUCGCAUGAGUCUCGAUGAACGACGGGACGUAUUUUCUGUCUUGGUCGAUGUUCUGAAAGCGAACUUUCCUGAUACGUAUAGCGCCGACGUUGGCCACCAGGUUGCAUCGUGGACCCGCUGCGAAGCAAGCCUACCACAUCUUGAGAACCUCACAAAGCAAAAUGAUAGAUUUAGUAUCUUUCCUGAGGGCAACCAGGCAUUUGCAGAGCUUCUGUUGCGAUGCAGCUGGUAUCUGUACGAGCGAGAGAAUUACAGCAUCGCUCGAAAGUACGUGGAAAUCGCUCUCGCAAAGUUUUCCGACGAAAGCUCUCUCGCAUACGCAAGUGCUGUCGAUCUCCAGGGCCUGAUUGACUUGGAUAUUUGCCACCCCCAGACUGCUUUAGCAGCCUUUGAAAAGGCGUACAAGCUGCGCUCAGCCGCUCUUUCAAGCGAAGAUGUAUUUCUGGCUGCGAAUUUAGUAAACUUUAGUCUCGCGCUCACCGAGCUCGGAGACCUUGAUGGGGCUCGGGAUUACCUCCAAAAGUCUAUCGACGUUCGACUGAAGAACAGCAGCGAUCGCAUUGGCAACUCUUACAGUAAUAUGUCUAGCUUACUUCUUCGGAUGGGGAAAGCGGACGAGGCGAAAGAGAUGCUGAAGCGUUGUCCUUCGCUGAGAAAAUUUACCGACGAGACCUUCCUUAAGACAGGCAAUCCACGAUUUUCUGGGGACAUGGUUCUACUCAGCCGCAUCAGGAUGGCACAAGGCCGGCAAGACGAGGCCUUAAACCUUGUCUCGAAAGCCCUCGCGUUUCGCAGACAAUGUCUGGGAGAGCGUCUCAAAGUCUGCGAUUCCCUGUAUCAGGUUGCAGACAUCCUCGAGAAAGGAGAUAACCCUGCUCUGUCGUGCCAACUGCUAGACGAGUGUAUCAAGAUCGCGGAAGGACUGCCCCCAAUUGAAGGUUUGCGCCACGUAGCCCGGGCAUAUUAUAAGCUAUCUUGUGUCGUCGGUGCGCUUGGAAAAGAUAAAGACAGCACGGAGCACUUGGAGAAAGCGGCGGAUCUCAAAGAUGACAUUCUGAAGUUAGAAGGCGAUGAGGUGCUUGGGAAAGAUGCACUUUCCGACUUCGAGGAGCUUGUUCCCUGGAUGCUGUGGUGAUCGGACUGGAAACCGCGAUUUUGCAGUCAAUGUUGUAUGGUAGGCUGGUAGCAUAGGAUCAAUGCCCGGCUGUCCGGAGUCCGAAUUGGACACUCCAAUCCAUCGCGGAGGGGACUUGUAGGAAUGAGG